GGGGCGGGACGCGCAGGCGCGGGCCCGGCGCUCCCUGAGGCGGCGGCGGCGGCUCCGGCGGCUCCUUUGUUCCCCCCGCCGGCACCGGGCUCGGGAUCGCGUCGGGAUCGGGCCGGGAUGAGCUCCGGGAAGGGCUCCGGGAAGGGCUCCGGCUCCGCCUGGCGUUAGGAGCUCGUCCCUGCGAGGCGUCGAGGACUACCAUGCCCUUAGGUGCCCGUUCCCAGCUCCUGGUGUGAGAUGGCCACUCCAGAGCCCCCCCUGGGCGGGACCCCCCGGCCUGGCCCCUCCCCCGGGCCCGGCCCCUCCCCGGGGUCCAUGCUGGGCCCCUCCCCCGGCCCCUCCCCCGGCUCCGGCCACUCCGGCCACUCCGGCCACGCGCUGCCGGCCGCGGGCUACGCGCCGGACGCCAUCCACCCCCUGCACAAGCCCCUGGAUGCGAUGCACGAGAAGGGAAUGUCGGAGGAUCCGCGCUACGGGCAGAUGAAGGGAAUGGGAAUGCGCCCGGGGGGGCACGCGGGAAUGGGGCCCCCCCCCAGCCCCAUGGACCAGCAUUCCCAAGGUUACCCAUCCCCUCUGGGCGGCUCAGAGCACGCCUCCAGCCCGGUGCCGUCCAACGGCCCCUCCAGCAGCUCCGCCGGCGGCUCCGGCGCCGCCCUGGACGGCUCCGGCUCCGACUCGCCCGCGCUGGGCCGGGGCCCGUCCCCGUUCAACGCCGCCCAGCUGCACCAGCUCCGUGCCCAAAUCAUGGCCUACAAGCUGUUGGCACGAGGGCAACCCCUUCCAGAGCAUCUCCAGGUGGCCGUCCAGGGCAAGCGGCCGCUGCCGGGGAUGCAGCCGCAGAUUCCUGCUCUACCUCCGCCCGCCGGCGCCGCGCAGGGCCCCGGCGCCGCGCAGGGCCCGGGGCAAGCGCCCGGAGCGGGGCCGGCGCCGCCCGGGUAUUCCAGACCUCACGGAAUAGGAGGGCCCAACAUGCCCCCUCCUGGACCCUCAGGAGUUCCCCCCGGAAUGCCGGGACAGCCCCCCGGGGGCCCCCCCAAGCCCUGGCCUGAAGGUCCCCUUCAAUUCUGCACUUACUCCACCAGCUCAUUCCGAGUCAAAUACGUGCCCCCGGCGUCCCCCGGGCCCCCUCCGCCCUCGCCGGGGCAGCCGGCGCCGCCGGCGCUGCCGAUGCACCCCAAGCAGAACCGGAUCACGCCCAUCCAGAAACCCCGCGGGCUCGACCCCGUGGAGAUCCUGCAGGAGCGCGAGUACAGGCUCCAGGCCCGCAUCGCCCACCGUAUCCAAGAGCUGGAAAACCUCCCCGGCUCCUUGGCCGGAGACCUGAGGACCAAAGCCACCAUCGAGCUCAAGGCUCUGCGGCUGCUCAACUUCCAGCGCCAGCUGCGGCAGGAGGUGGUGGUGUGCAUGCGGCGCGACACGGCGCUGGAGACGGCGCUCAACGCCAAGGCCUACAAGCGCAGCAAGCGGCAGUCGCUGCGCGAGGCCCGCAUCACCGAGAAGCUGGAGAAGCAGCAGAAGAUCGAGCAGGAGAGGAAGCGCCGGCAGAAGCACCAGGAAUACCUCAACAGCAUCCUGCAGCACGCCAAGGACUUCAAGGAAUACCACCGGAGCGUGAGCGGAAAGAUCCAGAAGCUGACCAAGGCCGUGGCCACCUACCACGCCAACACCGAGCGCGAGCAGAAGAAGGAGAACGAGCGCAUCGAGAAGGAGCGGAUGCGGCGGCUCAUGGCCGAGGAUGAGGAGGGUUACCGCAAGCUCAUCGACCAGAAGAAGGACAAGCGCCUGGCCUACCUGCUGCAGCAGACCGACGAGUACGUGGCCAACCUGACCGAGCUGGUGCGGCAGCACAAGGCAGCCCAGGUGGCCAAGGAGAAGAAGAAGAAGAAGAAGAAGAAG